GCUUGUUUAAGCCAAUAGGCAAAGAGUAAUGCUAAUGCCAUUUCGGUGUGGCUCGAGUUGAGCCCAUUAUUACGAACGGGGCGCUAGUGAAUUUAUAAGGAGAUGCUGUGACAGUCAUAGAUGAACUUUUACAAAGUAGGCUCCCUAGUUCACUCGUUUUGCCUACAACAUGCAGUCGCCGACAUUUGGACGAAUCUAACCGCGCAGUUCGGGACAAGUCUGCGGAACAACGGUGCGCUUUCUGGACAUUUCAUUUCAUGCCAAUGCGACGUAACUUGAAUCGUUUCUACACGUCAAGGAAUAUUAGUUCUGGAUUCUUGGUUUACCAGGACUGAACUCUUUGGGGUAGAAGGCGUGGUGUGUGAUGAACCUAGAGAGUGCGUGUGGUUACCAGGUCGGGGCGCGGAGCCCGCGGGAAGUGAUGGAACAGAAAGUCCAAGGUCAGCUGAACUUUGGCUUCCAGAGGAGUUCCACGUCAGACGACGACUCAGGCUGUGCCCUGGAAGAGUACGCCUGGGCACCGCCUGGCCUCAGACCCGAACUGGUCCAGCUGUAUUUCUCCUGUCUGCCUGAGGACAAGGUUCCUUACGUUAACAGUCCUGGAGAGAAGUUCAGAAUCAAACAACUCCUCUAUCAGCUGCCUCCACAUGACAACGAGGGCCGCUACUGUCAGUCUCUCAGUGAGGAGGAGAAGAAGGAGCUCCACAUGUUCAGUGUCCAGAGGAAGAAGGAGGCGCUGGGGAGGGGCUCUCUCAAACUCCUGCCCCGGGACCUGCUACACAGUAUCUGUGAACGUUGUGGGGAGAGCAUCAACGGAGGGGAGAUGACGGUUUUUGCCUCCAGAGCGGGUCCUGGGCUGGCCUGGCACCCAGCAUGCUUUACGUGCUCCACGUGUAGUGAGCUGCUGGUUGACCUCAUCUACUUCUACCAGGAUGGGAAGAUCCACUGUGGCCGACACCACGCAGAGCUGCUCAAGCCACGCUGCUCUGCCUGCGACGAGGUUAUCUUUUCUGACGAGUGUACGGAGGCGGAGGGGCGUCACUGGCACAUGAAGCACUUCUCCUGUUUUGAAUGUGAGACGGUGCUGGGGGGGCAACGUUAUAUCAUGAAGGAUGGUCGGCCAUAUUGCUGCGGCUGCUUUGAGUCUCUCUAUGCCGAGUACUGCAAGGCCUGCGGGGAACACAUUGGUGUGGACCACGCCCAGAUGACGUACGACGGUCUCCACUGGCACGCCACCAAGGGUUGUUUCUGCUGUGCCCAGUGUAAGAGCUCUCUGCUGGGCUGUCCCUUCCUGCCCAAGCAGGGCCGGAUCUACUGCUCCAAGGCCUGCAGUCUGGGAGAGGACGUCCACGCCUCAGACUCCUCCGACUCCGCCUUCCAGUCUGCGCGCUCCCGCGAGUCCCGCCGCAGCGUCCGCAUGGGCAAGAGCAGCCGCUCAGCCGACCAGUGCCGCCAGUCGCUCCUCUUCUCGCCCUCCGUCAACUACAAGUUCCCCGGGUUUACCGGUAACCCAGACACCGAUACGCUCACCAACAAGCUGGCCCACCUGGGUUUAACCAACGAGGAGUGCUUCUGGAGGGGGAGGGAGGACACCGAGGGCCCCGAGGACCGGGGCGAGGAGGAGUGGGCCGAGCACGAGGACUACAUGACCCAGCUGCUGCUCAAGUUCGGGGAGCACGGAGUCUUCCAGCAAGGUGAGGUGGUCAACUCCAGACCUACAACCGAUCUGUGGAUGACCGAGGCUGAGGUCAAGAUGAAACAGUGUGAGCCUCAGAGCUCUAGGGCUGAGACUGGAGGAGGAUGUGGAGGAGGGUCAGGCAGCCAGAGCCUGGCCAGUAAGAAGUACCAGACAGAUAUGUACUGGGCCCAGUCCCAGGACGGGCUGGGGGAUUCGGCCUACGGGAGCCACCCUGGCCCGGCCAGCAGUAGGAAGCUCCAGGAGCUGGAGCACAGCGCUGGGAGCAUCGGAGGUACCAGCUUCCAGAGGGAGGAGAAGCAGUGGUAUGACAACUCUCUGGAGUGCAUCACAGACAAGGUGAAACGGACAGAUCAGAGUGUCAGGGACUCCAUGGACUCACUGGCACUGUCCAACAUCACGGGUGCCUCUGUAGAUGACGACAGUAAAGAGAGACCUCUGGUCUACUCCUUACAGAGCUUCCAGGAACUCGAGGCUGAGAGAGACUGUGAGAACACAAGCAACAUGGGAACUCUCAACUCCUCCAUGUUACACCGCAGUGCCAAUUCCCUGAAGAGCCUUACGUCUGAGCUGGAGCAGGAGGAGAACGUACCAGAGGAAGAGGCCCCUCUUCCCUCUCCCCCCAAGCCUCCUCAUGUCCCGGCGUUGAGACGGACUCGAUCCCAGUCUCGACCCCAACAGGUUAAGUUCUCCCCAGACGUCGUGGACAACAGUCGCUAUGGUGAUCUGCAGGUGCGCCAGCCUCCGAUGAGCGAGCGGACGCGGCGGCGAGCAUACCAUUUCGAGGAGCAGGACCAGGAGAUUGGUAACUCGUGCUCCGGCCGCUAUCACAACCACCACCACAGGAGACGCCGCAGCCGCAAGUCACGCUCCGACAACGCUCUCCACCUGGUGCCCAAGGAGAGGGCCAAUCGCAUAUACUUCAGAGAGGACCACAGAGGUCAUGGGGGACACGGCUUCAGCUCAAAGAGGCCCCAGCAGCUGGCCUUCCUGCCCAACCAGCAGGGGUAUGGCCAGACCCAGCAUCCCCACUGCCAUCCCCAACAAGCCACCUCAGACUUCAGACUCCAGCAAGGCCCAGCCAUGGAGAGGUUCAUGGGGUUGUGUGGGGACAGGGACCAGGAUGACUGGUGCUCCACCUGCUCCUCUUCUUCCUCUGAGUCUGAGGAGGAAGGUUUCUUCCUGGGCCAGCCCAUCCCCCAGGCACACAGACACUACUAUGAUGGCCUGCCCAGCCCCAGCCACGUGGCAGGCCUGCCCUCCCCGCCGUACGGAGCAGUCCCACGGACUAUGUCCAAAAAGAAGAAGGGGCACAAGGGGAAGAACUGUAUCAUCUCAUAAGACUUUUAAAUGAUACUCUGUCUGCAACCCCCUUCUGAAUCUCAUUGUUGUUGCCACUAUUGUGAAUACAGAAAUGGAACGCUGGUUAAAACUGUCUUUUGCCAACUGGAUGUAAUACAUGUCAACAUGGCUCGGAUACUAUUAUUGAAUUGCAUUACAACAAAAAAACAGAGUUGCAUAAACACAUUUCAAAACUGUCAUCAUAAUUGUAUUAGAAAAAAAUGUAUGCAAAUAACUCUGAACAAAUGUAUUUAUAAAAACACCAUUUAGAGAGCAGCGGAAAUUACUAUUUAACAGUGCAGAUAUUAAUGUAUAUAUUGUAAAGUGUAAUUGUUUUUAUAACCCUGAGUCAAAUGUUUUUGUAGUGGAAUGGCAUUGAAAGACAAAACUGAUAGCAGUUAUCAAAGAACCUUCUCUUUUCUUUAACCAGGGUUUGAAAAAUGAAAUAUAUGAUAUGCUGCCAGCAAAGGUAUUCAGAGUGCAGAGUUUGACCCUGGGCCUGGUUUCCCAAAAGCUAUUUCCUGGUUGCUAAAAUUCAAAUAGUUCCCCUAAUUUCAGUUUGUGUGACAAAACAAGCAAGUAUAGUACCAUUUGGGGGGGGCGGC